AUCAAUAUAUAUAAAUAUUUAUGGGAGCAUAUAAGAAAAUAUUUUUAUUAUAAAAUAAUGAGGUCUUCGAGCAAUGGCGCCAUAGAAAUUUUUUUACUCAUGUUGCUACAAUUUCACAAAUGUCGAGGUGUGACUCUACAGAUCCAUCAGUUAAUGCCUUCGAGUUCUUUUUUUGCUUUAAGUGCCGAUUUAUGUAUUCAAAUUCAAUAUAUUAAAGCGACGAACGACAGUAUUAUAAAUAAUAAAGCAAUAUUAUUGCCAACAAUAACAUGUAACAAUAAUACAAGCGAAGAAAUUAUUUUAAAUUCAAAACAGAAGAGCAAGGAAAGUGUUAUGGAAAAUGUAAAUAAAGAAGCAACAAAUACUUUGGUUGUCAGUAAAUAUUUUAAUCCACAAUUUGAAGAAUUUAAAAAUGCAAAUUUUAUUAAUUCUAAAAAUUACGAAUUAUUUAAACAGCGAAAUGACAUGGAAAUAGUGAAGAAUAUGCAUUUUUUUUCUAAUUAUAUCAAUCUAACUCAAAUAACUGUGCCAUGUCAAAUAUUUCUAAUGGCUGGAUUAUACGAAAUCAAAAUAGUUCUUGGCUCGAGUAAGAUCGAUAUCUCAUUAGAAAGUUCUUCUAAUAAAACAGAGGAAGUAGAAUCCAUUAAGUCAAAUACAUUUCAACCGAUAAGAGAGCAAAUAUUAAUGCAAAUUAUAAAUGUACAAUGGCCGCGAGUUGAAAUGAUUGUGAGUCCAAUUCGAUUAAAGACUUAUCCUGAAAACCCUGUUAGUGUAAUACUAAAAUUUAUUGACCUGAACUGCAACCAGGCAUUGGAAAAUGAAAAAUUGCCGGAGUUUUGGUUAGAACUCGUUUAUUGUGGUAGAAAUUCUUCAUGCUCUCAGAUGAAACUGCAAAAUAUAUCGAAAACAAAUAUAUUGUAUGAAGAACAAGUUCAUGGAUAUCCGAAAUUAAAAUCUUUAACUCUUGAUUGUUCUCUUUUCGGGUUAGCUGGCAAUUAUGUGUUACAGCUAAGACCCAUGGCUAGUGCAUAUGAUAUAUCAAUUGUACGUCGGUUUAUUACUGUUGAGUGGAGUGACAAAUUUGUUUUUAAUGUGCAUACAAGCAGUAUAUUUCCAUGUGAUCCGCAUAUAGGUAUUGGAGUUCUAUAUCAAUAUCCACGCUGUAUAUUAGAUCAAGGUGAUCGCGUACGUUUAUUUGCCAAACUGCGUGCCGAUGUGGUGUCAUUGAAACCACCAACAUCGUUACAUUACAUUUAUGAGAAAAGGGUUGUUAAAGGGCAACAUGCAAUAUACUUUAGCUGCGACUUAUUUACGGAGAAAUAUAUAGAAUAUUGCUUUAAAUAUGUGACGCAAUCCAUAUCUGGAGCUGUUGCUGAUGUACGUGUAGACUGUGUAUCAACAUUACCAGUGAAAGAUUCUGAUACUGGUGGUUGGGGUCCAUGGAGUGAUUGGACGCCGUGCUCAACUAAUUGCUUUGGGGGAACACGCAAUCGUUAUCGGUUUUGCGACUCACCGCCUCCACGUUAUGGUGCAAAGUUUUGUGAAGGUACUUCUGUUCAAACAGAAACUUGCAAUAAUAAUACCUCACAAACUUGGAAUUGCAUAUAUGAAGGUGGUAUUGAACUGAAUGCAAUAAAACUUACACAAAAUUUACAAGAAACUGGAUUAAAAUGCCGAUGUGGUUGCAUUAUUCAUCUCACUUCAUCAAAACAAAGCCGUAUAAUAACUGCAACAACUCAGACUUGUCCAGGAAAAUCAUUUUGGUUAAUUCAGAUUCCUCAAUUUACAGAAAAACCACAAGGCCAAAAGUUAUUUCUCACAAUAAAAUUGACAAAUGCACUCAACAAUCAUAGAAAUUUAAAAAUACAGCACUAUUUAGAGAAUAUUGGACCUAAUAAAGAAAACAAUUAUACUUUGUGGAAAGCAUCCAUAAAAACAAAAAUACCUAUUCAAAAUGAUCCUCCCAUCCAAAAACUAGACGGAUCAUGGGUUAAAAGUGAUGAAGAAAAGAGAUCUGUUCUAGUUAAUCACUUAAAAACAGUAUUUCAAUUAAAUCCAGAAGUCGUCAACUUCCACACUGGAGUUCAUUUUCCAGUAAAGGUGAAAGCUCCAAUUAAACUAAGUAUUUAUGAAGUAAAAGAAGCAAUUCAAACAAAUUCAAAUCCUAAGAAGGCACCAGGUCUUGAUCAUAUUACAGCAUUCUUGCUACAGGCUAUUAUCCAAAGCAAUGGAGAGUUUCAAAACCAGGAAAGGACCCAACUCUGGCUACCUCUAACAGACCGAUAA